GAGCACAGGGGCAUUAACUUAGCGCCCCGGGACUCUUUAAGAGGCUUACUGGGCAUCUGCGCCUCUUAGCGUCCCCAGCCCCCGACCAGAGUUGCGUCAAACUUUGCCCGUGUGUGGGUGGGAGGCAGCGGGACCGCGGCCGGUCCUGCCGCACCCCGCUGCCGGCGGGGUUAGCUGUGGACGGCGCACUUCGCUCGCCAGGCACUUCUCAAGAAUGGAGCAGUCACAGUGUGGCAGCAGAGACCGCAGCGGCAGCGGCCGACCCCACCUGGCCCCGGGGCUGGUGGCGGCCGCCCCUCCGCCCCCGUCUCCGGCGUUGCCAGUGCCCCCGGGGAUACCGGUUCCUCCAACUUUCCUGCGGCCGCCCAGCCUCUUUCUGCGGGCAGCCGCAGCCGCCGCGGGAAGCGGGGGCUGCGCGCCGGCUCCCGGACUGGAGAGAGGGGUGGGCGCCGUGGGCUGCGGCUAUCCGCGGACACCCAAGUGCGCCCGUUGUCGCAACCACGGCGUCGUGUCGGCACUCAAGGGCCACAAACGCUUCUGCCGCUGGCGGGACUGCGCGUGUGCCAAGUGCACCCUGAUAGCCGAGCGCCAGCGCGUCAUGGCCGCCCAGGUGGCGCUGCGCCGGCAGCAGGCCCAGGAGGAGAGCGAGGCCCGGGGGCUGCAGAGGUUCCUGUACCCGGGGCCCUGCGGGCCCGGGGGUCGGACACCCGGAGGCGGCAGCCGAACGGAGAAUUCCCAGGCCUCGAGCGGCCGUGUGGCGGUGACGACGCUGGGACUGGGUGCCCUGAGACACACUGAUCUGGAGACCCCUGCUUUCCAAGUUGUCCAGCCAGAUGAUAUGGAGGAAAACCAAGAACUAAAAGAGAGUAAAUAUGAAUCAUGCCAGAGUGGACAAGAAGAGCCAGUCUCCAAAUCCCAUCAACGUACUCUGGGAUCCUCUCCUAAGCCUAAUGGUGUCAUUGGAAAACAAAACAUCAGGCCGUCUAUUUCAGAAAACUCAAUCAAGGAUGAUAGCAUUCAGCCUCCUCACCCUGGGGAGUUAUCAGGAGGGGAAGAGAGUCCCAGGUCCCUGUCAUCAUCUGAUUUGGAAUCAGGAAAUGAAAGUGAGUGGGCCAAAGACUUCACUGCUACCAGAGCCAGCCUUCCCACACUGUCCUCAAGACCAAGAGACCCUCUUGAUAUCCUUACCAGGAUUUUCCCAAGUUAUAGGCGUAGCCGACUGGAAGGCAUUCUGCGGUUCUGCAAAGGGGAUGUGGUCCAAGCCAUUGAACAGGUCCUUAAUGGGAAGGAGCACAGACCAGACACCAGGGACCUAGCAAGCUCAGGAGAAUUGGCAAAUACGGCUUUUCAGAGGGCUUCAAAUUUUAGUUUAGGUGGAAUUGGUUUUGGAACUCUAGGGAAUAAAUCAGCUUUCUCUCCUCUUCAGACUACGUCUGCCUCUUAUGGAGGUGAUUCACAUCUCUACAGCUUAAACCCCAGACUAGGUAUCAAUCCGUUACGGCUGGCAUAUUCCUCUCCAGGAAGAGGGCUAUCUGGUUUUAUGUCUCCUUACCUAACUCCGGGGUUGGUACCAGCACUGCCUUUUCGGCCAGCUUUGGAUUAUGCAUUUUCAGGAAUGAUUAGGGAUUCUUCCUACCUUCCUAGCAAAGACUCCAUAACUGGUGGCAGAUUGUAUUCCAGGCCAAAUCAGGACAAUCUGUAAUAUUUCUGCCUAUUCUCUCUUUCUGGAACAUUUCUAGAAGCAUGCAACACAACCCUCACAUCCACAGCUAUUAAUGUGUACAUUAUGUAUGUGAGUGGAUGACUAGGCCUUAUAUUUCUUUUUACAACCAAUAUGAUAGAUUUGAGAUCUAAAGACUUUUCUUUGGCAUUUAUUAAGUGAAAGAAGCAUUUAAACAUUAUACGUGCCUUGAAUAAAGCCAUUUCAGGAAAUAUUUUUACUUUAAUGAAUUUUCUCCCUAAAAUAUCAGCUGUAAGAAUUCCUGUUUUAAAACUAUACUUGUUUUUAUUUUAUUGAAAAAUGGAGUUUAUAGUUGUAAAAUGUUUAUAAGGGUUAAAGUAAUCCAGUAUGUAAAAUGAACUAACAGGAAGAAUUGAAAAGUUGAGGUAAUUCCAAAUAACUAUUACUUUGAACUUUUUCUUCCCUUCUGUUCCUUGUACACAGGAGAGAAAAAACUUAUUUAAAGUAUUUUAAAGAAUUUUAUUCACAUUUAAGUGGUUAGUAAUAAGUAACACUUUUGAGAAAUUUAAAUUCCUUAUUUUUUUUCUGUAUGUUUUAUUUUCAUUCAUUUGUGCCAUUUGUGAUAACAAGUGCCAUUAAUAAAACAUCUCUCUUUAAAGCGAACUUUGCAUAUCGCACAAAGCCUGUGAACUAAAUUUUAGGAAAUGCGACUGCACCAUCUCCUGGCCACUAUCACUAAUUGCAUCUAAGUUCUGGUAAAGUGUAAAAGUUAGAAACAAAUGGUUUCCUGAUAAGAUAAGCUAACCUUGUUUUGAAAUGAUCAUUUUGGAUCAUGCUACAACUUUCAUGUUAUAAAGUGAACAUCUGCUGUGGGUGAGGAUUUUAAUCUUUUUUUUUUUUUUUAAAUCUGGAGAAAUACUCCUUUCUGUAUGUUGGUGACAAUAUGGCAGCCAUUCUUAAAGGUAAAAAUAGUCUUAUUCAGAUAAUUUAAAUAGCUGCUCAGAUAAAUAUUGACUGAUGGUAGGUAGAUGAUGCUUAAUGUACUGAGGUGAGAUAUAAAAUUUCCAAAGGGGAAAUAUUAUCAUUAAAUUUUAGAGGAUUCUUUGAGAUUUUAAUAAUACUUUUUGUUCUCCAUCUGGAGCAUACAAAAGCUAUUUAUUUUAGUAAGUGGAAUGUCCCUGAGAAAACUACUUAGAAAACAAUUUUAUGAAGUUUUCUUUAUAUGUCAUCAUUAUUAUUUUUUUAAGGACAGUAGCUUCAUUGUUGUUGUUAGGAAUAAAUGAAAAACCCAGCUGUGGUAAAGGAUAGUUGAUGAGUUAGAAAUAGGUUAAACAGUUUGAGUAACACGAUUCACUAAAACUUUCUUAGAUUAUAUCAGUGUGUAUGUGUAUAUAUAUGCAUAUAUAUUUUAUCAGAAAAUAUAUUAAAUGUGUAGUAUCUUAUCUUGGUAUAGGAUGUAGAUAUAUUAGAUAGA